CUGCCCCAGGAACCAGCUCUGCGCGCCGCGGGGGGGAGGCGCGGCGGAAGCUGGCAAAGCCCUAGGGGGUCUCAGGAGAGCUGGGACUCCGCAGGAGGAGGGAGGUGGGGAGAAGGGCAGGGGAGCUAGUGCGCAAGUGCCGGGCGCGUGGCCUUGCCCAGCACAGAGCGCGCGCGUCCCAGCUCGUUCUGCGCCUACGAGAGCGGCAGCACGCGCCUGUGCUUGCCGCAGUGCCUGUUCCCUAGACAAGUGCGCAUGCGCGUCCACAAUCCUCCCGCACUGCCUAGUGUUGCGCGUCGGGAACUUGGGGGGGGGGUUCGCCGCCCAGGUCCCCUCGGUACCAUGGUGCUGAGCGGUUGCUCCGGGGUCGGGCUUUGGGGCAGGGCUCGGAUGGGGGUCCAUGGUCUCAAACAGCCCCUGAUGGGCGCCUCCAAAAUCCAGCAGAGGCGCAAGUUGGGAGCCCCUGGGGGGCAGAGGGGCUCCCCCGGGGCGGCUGGGAGGGCCCCUGCGGUGCAAGUGGCGCCCCCCAGGUUUGCUCUGGGGCCCCUGGCUGCCCAUUCGAGGCCUUGCGUGGGGGGCCCCCGCAGCAGCGUAGAGGGGCAGCACUGGGAGGGCAGCGAGGUGCUGUUGGAUGUCUGCCAAAGGAGGCACUUUCUAAGAGGGGACCAGCAGCAGGCACUCACCUGGCACUCUUACCUGAGGGGCUGCCAUCCCGGCUUUGGGCCUCUGGGGGUGGAGCUGAGGAAGAACUUGGCAGCUCAGUGGUGGGCCUCUGUGGUGGCUUCCAGGGAGCAAGUGUUUGCAGUGGAUUCCCUACAUCAUGCUCCAGGAGCUGGCAUGCUUCCAGCAGGGGAAGCUUUCAGGCUGAUACAGGUUGGAGCCCUGCGUGACCUCUUCCAGAAUACAGAAUUAAACAAAGAGCAGAUAGUUGCCUCUAUGGAAAACGUGCUGGGGAUGUCUGGGAUGCUUCGAGAAGAUCUUCUUCAUGGUGCUCUUGAGCAAUAUAUUAAUUGUCUAGAACUGGUAAACAAGAGGUUGCCAUAUGGACUGGCUCAGAUUGGAGUAUGUUUUCAUCCUGUUCCGAACACUGAGCAUCAAAAUGACAACAUCGCAAGAAUAGGCGAAAGGACAGUGUCUUCCCUUGUAUGGUUUAGCUCCGCCAGAACUGCGGGACAGUGGCUUGAUUACUGGUUACGCCAGCGACUCCAGUGGUGGAGAAAGUUUGCAAUAGGCCCAUCCAACUUCAGCAGCAGUGACUUUCAAGAUAAAGAGGGAAGAAAAGGAAAUAAUUUGUACUACAGCUUUCCUUGGGGAAAGGAACCAAUAGAAACGUUGCAGAGUCUAGGAGAUAAUGAAUUGUUACAAAUGUAUCCAGGGGAUAAAUCAAAAUUACAAGGCCGAGAUGGAAGAAAGAAUAUUAUUCCUCAUGUGCUCUCUGUGAAUGGCAAUCUGGACCAAGGAGUGCUAGCUUAUCUUUGUGACUCUCUGCAGCUCACAGAGAGCUCUCUAUCAAGAAAGAAAACUCUUCAGAGAAAGGUACUUAAGCUACACCCUUGUUUAACACCAAUAAAAGUUGCUUUGGACAUGGGAAGAGGCCCAACAAUGGAGCUGAGGCAGGUAUGCCAGGGGCUGUUUAACGAAUUAAUAGAUAAUGGAAUUUCUGUGUGGCCUGGAUAUCUUGAAACCAUGCAGAUGCCUUUGGAGCAACUCUACUCAAAGUAUGAUGAGAUGAGUGUCCUCUUCACAGUCUUGAUCAGUGAUGCUACUCUGGAGAAUGGCGUGGUUCAGCUAAGAAGCAGAGACACCACCAUGAAAGAAAUGAUGCACAUCUCUCGACUGAAGGACUUUGUUAAAAAGUACAUUACAGCAGCUAAAAAUGUAUAAAUGAAAACGUCUCUAAUAAAAGGAAUUUUGUAUCUUUGUGUUUGCAUUGAUUUCCAAACAAAAUCAGUGGCCCAGAUGGAGUACAUGUCAGGAAUUCUGAUGAGUCACAAUACCGUACUGUUUGCUAGAGAUCGGUUGUUCUUAUUUAGAUGAGUGGGGAAAUACUCAUGACGUCCUUCAAAACCAGUAUUGAUAAAGCUUUGUAAUGCGCCCAUUUGCUAUUAAAUCCAAAUCCUCCUAUGAAGAUCUUUCAACUUACACUGAAGAAAGAGACAAAACCAGAUCUAUCCUCCAUAAGCAGGGGAGGCAAAUCACUAAUCAUGUUUGGCUGCCAAGUCUGCCAGUUUGAGAUAAGGGUAAGCUUUGCUGGCUGUGGAAGUUUUCUAAUUGGUAGUCUCUUCAAAUGAACGUUAUUAGCCCUCAUCUGCCUCUGAUGGAUAGAUCUGGUUUUGCUUCUUUUUGCAGUGCAGACUCAAAGGCAUGUUCUAGAGAAUUUGGUCUCCUGUAGGAAAGGAUAUUUUUAGUAAAUUGAGUAAGUUUUCGGUGGUUGACAGUCUAGAUAAUACUGAGAUAUAGUGACAAAUGUAGGAAGAUAAACAGGGGAGUCAAUACAUAAGAUUUUAAAAAACUUAAAUGUGGAAAAGAUCACUUGAAAAGUAAGACUGUUGGAAUGCAUUGUUUUUAGAGAAUGGAAGCAUGCGUUAGGUGAAUGUUUCUCCAUAUUGUUUCUGUUCUCCAGUUAAGUCUUCUGACCACUAUGAUUUCUUGUUU